GGAAGAAAAGGGAAGACAUGCUAAAUAAAAAUUUAUCCAUUUAUGCCCUUCUUUUACAAUUAUUUAUUUUUCAUUUUAUUAAUUUUGUCACAUCAAUCCAUUCAAAUAAAAAUGAAUUAAGAAAAUCGACAAUUAAAAUUCAAGGAUAUUCUCCUGAACAAAAUGAUGAUUAUGUGUCUGUGGCGAUGAAAGCUGAACCUGGUUAUAUUGUAAAAUUUGAGCCGGCUGCGCAUGCUGAUCGAGUUCACCACAUGCUUCUUUACGGUUGCACAACUCCUGCUUAUACGGACAAAAACUUUUGGAGAGGUGGUGCAACGUGUAGCACUGGAAAUCAUAUUUUAUAUGCUUGGGCAAGAAAUGCACCUCCUCUUGUAUUACCAGAAAAUGUUGGAUUUGCUAUUGGUAAUGAAGGUGAUUCUGUUCAAUAUAUUAUUUUGCAAAUUCAUUAUGCAACGCCAUUUGAAGGCAAUGUGAUAGACUUUUCUGGAGUUACUUUACAUCUAACAAGUCAAAAACCUCAAUAUGUUGCUGGAGUUUAUUUAUUUGUUAGCGGAAUGCCUAUACAACCUGGCCAUUCGGCUUUUUAUACAAAUGUUAGCUGUAGCUAUAAUUCUGAUACAAAACUAUAUCCUUUCGCUUUUCGAACGCAUACACACGAAAUGGGAAGACUUGUUUCGGCUUAUGUUAAAAAAUCUAAAACUAGGAAAUGGUUACAAAUUGGAAAACGUAACCCAUUAUGGCCACAGCUUUUCCAAUUAAGAGAGACUCCUUUAGUUAUUGAAAACGGAGACUUUUUAGCUGCUAUUUGUCGUUAUGACUCAAGUGAUAAAACAGAAGAAGUUCCGAUGGGAAGUAUGGGAUCAAAUGAAAUGUGUAAUUUUUACAUGAUGUAUUACCAAGACAGAAAUGACCCUGACCCAUUCCCUUAUGGAUCAGGAUGUUUUGGUAAUUCGGCAUCUUUUCCAGCAAAUGAGUACCCCGAAGAAGGAACGAAGCUUUUACCUCCACACCCCGAAUUGAGACAUCAGGCAAAUCACAGUGCGGAGCCAUUUGGGGUAUUAGAGCGCCAUAGAAUUGAGGAAUUGGCCGAUAUACAGUUGGGACAGAUUGCAGGUCUAACAUUUGAUCAAAAUGGAAAUUUGGUUGUAUUUCAUCGUGCUGGUAGAUUUUGGAAUCAGAACACUUUUAAUGAAAAUAAUGUUUUUACUGAUAAAACACCUAUUAAUGAUCCAGUCAUUUUAAUUGUCAACGUUGAAGAUAAUGAAAAACUUAAAUUGUUAGCUAAAUAUGGUGAAAAACGUUUUUAUCUUCCACAUGGUAUUUUUGUUGAUCACAAUGCAUUUAUUUAUACUACAGACGUUGGAUCUCAUCAAGUAAUUAAGUGGAGAAUUGAUAAUGAAGAACUUAAACAAGUAUGGAGUUUGGGUGUAAAAUUCAUGCCUGGUUCUGAUAAAAAUCAUUUUUGUAAGCCAGCAGGUGUUGUAGUUUCGAAAAUGGAUGGUUCUGUCUAUGUUGCUGAUGGUUAUUGCAAUAAUAGAGUUGUAAAAUUUUCAAGUGAAGGACGCUUUAUUUCUCAAUUUGGCGAAUUCAAUUCUGGUAGAUCUCGGCUUGGUCAAUUUUCCCUUCCACACGAUAUUACACUUGAUGAGCAGGGAGGACGUAUUUUUGUUGCAGAUCGGGAAAAUGGGAGGACUCAAGUAUUUUCGAUUUCUGACCAUAAACCGCUAUUUGACAUAAAAAAUCCAAAUUUCUAUUCAACUGUUUAUUCUGUCUACUAUCAACAGGGUAUUGGUCUACUUUUUGUACCGGGAUUUUCUCCGCCAACACAAGAUGGAAAGCCUCGACAAAUUCAAGUUUAUAUUGUGCAGCCAAAUUCAACACACGUUCAAUACGCCUUCCGCCCCCAAUCCGGAGAUUUCCAAUUACCUCAUGUACUCAGGGCGAAUGGUAACAAUGUUUGGGUGGGCGAAAUAGCUGGAAGUCGUGGUAUUCUUUGGCAUUUUGAGAUUCAUUCGAGCAGGAUUGUACCUUCAUUAAAUGCUUCAAAGCAGAAAGAGGGUGGAAAAAAAUUGAUAAAUGGAAAUGAAUCGCAAAGAGGGAAUAUAAGAAAAUUGGAAAAUGGAGGUAAACAUGAAUGUAAAUUUGUUAUGAAAAGAUACGAAUAUAGUGAAAAUAAUAGAUUAAUUAGAAAUUACAAAAUUUUAAAAUUACUGGUUUCAAUCCCUCUUCAUCCCCAAUCACUUGCAACGAGAAAUUUUGCCAUUGGCUCCACUUUAGUCUUUAUAAUUCUUUUCUUCUCAAUAUGCUUUGCUGUCUAUUUAAUUUAUUGGAGUUUUUGCCAUGCAAAAAAGCAGGAUUUAUUUGAUAAACAGGGUUUCAAGCCAUUGAAGACAUCUGAUUUGGCUGAUGUGGAACAAGACUUUACCAGUUCGGAUAGUGAAGACGAAAUUUUGGAGGGAAGUCGGAAGAGGCAGGAGUCGGGAUUUUAA